AAAGUCUAAAAAGAUGCAUCGUUUACUUGACAUGGAUCAGUCGGGAGAAAAACGUCAAGUGGUCAACAGCACGCUUUUGGGCGCAACGAAUCUGUAUUUAUUCACGACACGAGAAGAAUUUUUUUGGUUUGUGGUUAGUUAUCGAUUAUUAUUAUCAUUAUUAUUAUUUGCAAGUAUGCAAACGGUUUAAAGUGAGGUAGGGACGAAAGGAAGAAGGAUGGAUGUUUCGAAGCUGUUAGCGUUUGCCACCCUUAUCGCGAUUUACAACACGACUGGCACUUCGGGUGGGAAGGGGUGGGGAAAACAUCACCAUAAAUACCCUGUUAAACCCCUCUUCGGCGUGGGCGUGGGGUACAAAAAGGUCGUCUCGUAUAAACCCGUCCUCGUCUUUCAGAAGCAUAAACAUAUCAAGUUAAAGAAACCGAUAGGUUGGGGAUGGGCGUGGGGGUGGAGGCCGCAGCAUCAUCACGGAGGUCAUCACGGAGGUGGUCAUCAGAGGGGUCAUAGCGGAGGAGGGUGGGGAGGGGGACAUAAGCAUCAAGUCGAUCAUCACCACUACCACCACAACGAUAAUGGGUGGGGUUGGGACAAUGGAAACGAAGGGAGUAGCGUGGGAUCUGGUGGGUGGGGAUGGGGGGACCGUGGUGGCGGUGGCGACGACGAGCAUGAAGACUACGGUGGAUGGGAAAGUAAUCUUAAGGCGAAUUGGAGCAGUCCGACGGCACCGAAUAAUAAUAAUGGAAAAAUGGAAGAUCAAAUGCCCGGAUAUUCCGAGAAUGGGUCACGACCACAAGGAAAGGAGGCAGACUUUCACCACGGAGAGAACAAUAAGGGACACACUUCUUCAGAAGAACAAGAUAAGAACGCCAACAAUGGGGAGGAAAUUCUUUACCAGAAUCCGCCCCCACCUCCACCACAACCACAACAAAAUCAAAAUCAGUGGGGAGGUUAUAGAAAUUAUGCCAACUUUAAUAUGGGACAUCCCAUCAGUCCUCCAGUAUUUAUAGUUCCCAAUAAGAAAAAUAGGAAACUUAAGAGGGGAGUGUCAGUCCCGAUCGUACCAUUUUUACCAUUUCCGGGAGGAAAUUUACAACAGUUUCAGCACAAUAGUAGAGUGAGACAGUUUUAAUAAAGAGAGGUAUCCAAUAUAUAUUUGCAUAAGUAACGCUUGAUUGUAUUCAAUGAGAAUAUAGAGAAUAAUAAAUAUUUAACUUUGACCUGAA